AUGGCUUCGAAGGUCUCAUGUUUAUAUAUUUUAACAGUUGUUUGCUGGGCAAGUGCUCUUUGGUACUUGAGUGCAACUCGUCCUUCAUCAUCUUAUGUCGGGCACAGCUCAUUUUCCCGUAUUGCGGUUGAGAGAAAAAAUUUCAGCUUUACUAAUAUUCGAACUCGUUCCCUGAAUCCACAUAAUUUCAAUUAUCUUAUUAAUGAGCCUUACAAAUGUAAGCAACUUAGCCCUUUUUUAGUGAUUCUUGUAAGCACAACACACAAAGAGUUUGAUGCACGGCAGGCCAUAAGGGAAACAUGGGGAGAUGAAAACAACUUUAAAGGAGUACAACUGGUCACUUUAUUUCUGCUUGGAAAGAACACAGACAAUGUUUUGAAUGAGAUGGUUGAACAGGAGAGCCAAAUAUUUCAUGACAUUAUUGUGGAGGACUUUCUAGAUUCCUACCAUAACCUUACUCUGAAAACUUUAAUGGGUCUGAAAUGGAUAGCCAACUUUUGUUCAACAGCAAAGUAUGUAAUGAAAACUGACAGUGAUAUUUUUGUCAAUAUGGACAAUUUGAUAUACAAAUUACUCAAACCAAACACAAAGCCACGGAGAAGAUAUUUUACUGGCUAUGUUAUUAAUGGGGGACCAAUAAGGGACAUUCGCAGCAAGUGGUAUAUGCCGAGAGAUUUAUACCCUGACAACAAUUACCCACCAUUCUGUUCAGGCACAGGAUAUGUCUUUUCUACAGAUGUGGCUGAAGCUAUUUAUAAAACAUCUCUUCAUACUAGAAUGCUGCAUCUUGAGGACGUCUAUGUUGGACUCUGCCUGCGGAAACUUGGCAUUCAUCCCUUUCAGAAUAGUGGUUUCAAUCAUUGGAAGGUUUCAUACAGUUUGUGCAGAUAUCGUAGACUAAUUACAGUGCACCAGAUAUCUCCUGAAGAAAUGCAGAGGAUUUGGAAUGAGAUGUCAAGCAAAAAACAUCUUCGAUGCUAAAUGUACAGAAGUACAUGAAUGAUUU